UUUUAUUGUAAAAAGUGUGACAAAAAAGGGGUGGCAGCAUUGUUUCGAGCAAGACAGCUGCGCCCCUCCCGACGAAGCUUCUAUCAAAUUGAUGUCAAUUUGAUAGGAGGAGCCUGGACAAAUGCGCCCGAGUGGGAAGCAACAAGCAACGUCCAUAUAAUUAGAGAGAAAGAGAGAAAAAUUUAGGUUAUGGUUAAAUUGUUUUUAAAUUCAAAAGUGAAAUAUUUUAUUUGACUUUCUGUGUUUUUAUACUUGAACAGAUAUGAGCUCAGACUUGAUAAUCUAAUCUUAGGAUGUUAGCAUAAAUUAUUCAUAAGAAUAUAUUUCUAUUUUAAUAUUGUCUCACUGAACUACUACAUUGUAUUGACCAAUUUUUGUGUGAAAUUCUGAAAAAUUAACGCCGGAAUUAUAAAAGAUGAAGGAUAUCAAGACACUACUGAAGGAGUGUCGAGAAGCAAUUAAAAACAAGGACUAUGUUCUCUCUUUAAAAUUAUCUAAGACUAUUUUGAGAGAGGAUAAGUCUAACUACAUGGCUAUGGUAUUUUUAGGCCUUUCUUUGCAAGAAGUAGGCCCAGCAGAGCAAGCCAUAAAAGCAUUUCAGAAAGCAAUUGAAAUGAACCCUUCAAAUCCAUUGGCGUGGAACGGUUUGAUAAAGUAUUAUGAAAAACUGGAGGAUGAUGAAGUUGCAAAGAAAAAACUGGUGCAACCUUAUAUAUCUGCAAUACGAUUAGAAACAGACACCAAAAAAGUAAUUGAAUAUUGCAACAAACUUUCGAAAAUACAAGAGUUUGGAGAUAUUAAUGAAAUCUCAAAAGUCAUCUAUGAAUGUGGGUGCAAAUUAAAAGAAAAUAAUGGUAUCAUUUAUGAAAUAUUAGUUGAUCUAUAUAAUAGCCUUCAAAAAGUACCUAAUAGUGUUCAGCUAGUAUUUGAGGAAAUUUUUGGUAGUUUAAUCUCAGAAAAAAAGUUUUUAAAUACAAACAUUUUCUCUGUUUUUCUGAAUUCACUUUAUAAACAGGAUAAAAACGAAGAAGUUUUUAAACAUGCAGAGAAUUUGCACAGCUUAUCUGAAACAGAUAUAAUUCCUCUCAUUUGGAUGUGUAAAAUUUAUAAUCAAUGGUUUGUGGAAGAUUCUGACUUAUCCAAGACAUAUUAUGAAAAAAUAAAGUGCUAUUUCCCAUGUCUAUUGAAAAUAGAACCAAAAAAUGCAAUUGGAUUAUUCACCUCAAGUAUUGUACUGCUAAAUGAGAACAAAUUAUUAGAAGCAAAAAAUACUAUUGUAGAAGUUUGCACUCAGCGAUCUGGAUUAAUUCAUGCUUGGGUUCUUUUAACAAAAAUCAAUCUUUACUUAGGGUUAUUUGAAGAUGCUUGGGACUCUUAUUCAUCUGGUGAUAAAUUAAUGAAAUCAACAAAUUAUUCUAACCAAAUUUUGAAAAAUAUAAUGGACACCUUGUUUUUAAAAUUGCUAUCAAACUCUCCUAACGAAGAAGAUCUGCUGAAAGUGUCACAGUUUUACAAGAAUAUGGAUGACCAGAAUUCUCAAAAAGAAAACUUGAAAUACGUAAUUACAGCAUUAAUUCGCUUGGGAAAUUUUGAAGAAGCUAAUCUGCUAAUUUCCAAGUUCAAAGAGUAUAAUGAAGAGUUGGCGAGACUUCUUCUUGCCAAAUUAUACCACCAGCAAAAAUGUUUUCAACAAUCAUUGAGUAUUCUUGAAGAGAAUACACCUGAUUUGCCAGAAUGGUGGUUAGAGAUAGGUCUAGUGUACUGGAGUCUCGGGGAAUUUUCCAAAUGUUUAACCCCCUAUCUGAGAGCAGCAAAAGCUGAUCCUAAUAAUUUCAACUGCUUCAUUAACCUGGGCCAGUACUAUGAAAAAUUUGAGGAUUUAGAUAAAGCAAGAAGAUGUUAUGAAAGAGCAUUCAAGAUCAAUCCCAAAUAUCCUGAAAUAGGAAUAAAGUUAAGCAAAAUAUAUCGAAGACAGAACAAUUUCGAAGCAUCUCAUAAUCUUCUCCAAAGCUUAGCCACAGGUUCGAUAACCCCUAGAACUUCUUGGGCCUGGCUUCAGCUUGGCCUCAGCUACUUGGAACAAGAAAACUAUUCCUCUGCAAUAGAUAACCUCCAACCUUUAGUGAGAAUUGAACCAAACAAUACCUUAUGCUGGCAAACUUUGGGUGAUGCCUAUUUCGCGAGAGGCUCCUACACCUCUGCUCUGAAAUGCUACCAGAAGGCUGUAGAGUUCACCAGUAACCCUCUGUACCCUUCGUUACAGAUAGCAAAUAUCAAAAAAACUCUAGGCCUUUAUAAGGAAGCCAAGAGUGAAUUUGAGGAAAUUCUUCUAUCAAAUGGUCAAUAUGUUCCUGCUUUAAAGGGUCUUGCUGAGACCUUUUUGAGCUUAGCCAAGGAGUGCUACCAAGAUCAAAGAUUAGGAACUGCAAGAGAUUUAGCACAAAACGCAAUCAACAAUCUAACCACAGCAAUAACACAACGCAGUGAUUUUUCAUGUUUGUGGAAAUUGAUAGGCGAUUCUUGCCUAUUUGUGCUGAAGUUACCCGAAAAAUAUUGCUGUCUUUUUGUGUCAGAAAUGUUGAUGGAAGGGAAGAAGCUGAUUGAACGGGAGGAUUUAUACUGCUUGGCAACGAGUUGCUACUGCAAAUCUAUUAGUCUAGCUAAAGAUAAUUCUUCUGUAUGGUUUGACUUAGCUACAUGUUACUUAGAACAUGCUUUGCAUACAACAAAUGAUGAGAAAAGAGAACUCUUGCUGACCUAUGCAAAAGCAGCUGCAAAACAUUGUGUUUCUAUGGAUUCCAGUAAUUGGCAGCAUUGGAAUCUACUUGGAAACAUUGAGAUGCAAAAGGAACCACAAAACUAUGCAAUGGCUCAGCAUUAUUUCAUUAAAGCUGUAACAAUUGAAAAAAAUUGUGCCAUCUCUUGGACUAAUUUAGGCGUACUGUAUUUAAUGAAAAAGGAUUUGAGACUAGCUAAUAAGGCAUUCGCUCAGGGACAAAGAUCGGACCCCAAUUAUGUUAGCAGUUGGAUAGGGCAGGCAAUGAUAGCUGAAGCUAUUGACUCGAGGAAGGAGGAAGCCAUGGACCUCUAUAGGCACAGUGUUCAACUGGGUCAGAACCAACAGGGAGCUCUUGGAUAUGCACAUUGGGUGUGUCAUACGCUAUUAACAGCAGAGCCAAAUUCUCAUCUGUACUCAAUCGAGGAUAUGCAUGCAAUUCCUGUUGCCUGUGAUGCAUUAACAUGGUAUACAGAAAGAAACGAGAGCGAUGGAUGUGCUUGGAAUAUGUUGGGAUUGCUCAGAGAAAGAAUGGGCCUGAAAGAAGGUACUCUCCACGCUUUCAAAAAAGCUUACCAGCUGUCUUCACAACACCGUGAUCUAGCGAGAGUGAACUACGGUAGAAUUUUAGCAAAGUCUGGAAACUAUCCCGCAGCAAUCAACAUCUUUCAGGAAGUACAGGAUGCUACCUUUAGCAGUGGAAGUGGGUUAGCACUGGCUCUUUUCCAAAGUAAACAUUACGAAGAAUCAUAUAUUGCCUAUGAGCAGACCUUGCGCUGGUUGACACAGGAACAGAGUCAUGAAUCAGAGCUGUUGGUAGCACUUGCUUCUAUGGCUUACAUGUUUCAAGGCCCAGAUACAGCAAAGACUCUACUAGACCAAAGCAGGCAGCUGACGCCACCGUCUCCAUGGAGUUUGUAUUCUACUCUAGCGCUGGGGCUGCUGCACAAAGAUAUGGAGCUAGCAGAUAGGGUUAAAAGAGAAUUAGAGCUGCUGAAAGAUAAUUCUGAGUGUCUUCCCCACUAUGCAUCAUUACUUUCAUGUAUGCUUUUAUUGCGGUCCAGUAACAGUGCGGCAGUUACAGAAAUCAGUAAGCUUGUACACAGGCAUCCUGAAAAUGAUUCCUUGUGGUUAACUUUAGCAUUAUUGCUUUUACAAGUACGAAAGGAUAAAAAGCAGUCAGCAGCAGCAGUAAAAUGUGCCCAAAUUGCAAUUAAGAGUGGCCAGAAAACCACGGAUAUUAGCAAGGUUCUUGUGUUUGUUUCUCUUGCUUCAGUGCUAGUUGGUGAUAGACGUAAAGCUAUUAUUACUGCACAAAAAGCUGUUCAUUCUUAUCCGAAUAUGGCUGAUGGAUGGGCCGUUUUGGCAUUAUGUUUGACAGAUCCAAAAAGACGAAAAUGUUCAAAAACUUUUGUUCUGAACUUAUUUUCGCAUAUAGAAACACUAAAUGUUACUAGAGAACUUCUUGAAUGGUCUAAAAAUCACUCCAAAUUUGUGAAGUAACCAUUGUAACUACCGGCACAAAAUUUCCAAGUUUCUGAACAUUCAAGUACGUUUUCUGUGUUUGAUUCAAUGCUUCAUGACAUGCUUAAAGGCAAUAAAAUGUGUUUGUUAAAUUUAUUAUACCAAUGAUUCAUCAAUUGAAAAAAAAAACUUGGUGGAAAGAUAAUAUGUACAUGGUAUUGUAGUUGACAUUGUGAUUUUUUUAAUCAAUAUUUUGGCUUUUGAAUUAUAUAUUUUUAUGUGAUACUUAAUAUCAAUUGUUGCGUCCCAAAACAAAAAAAACAGAAAGCAUACUAUAAAAGCGCUUUUUGAAUCAAGUAGACGUUACAUAUUAAAUGUCACAUUUUUAAAGAUGAAUAAAAUAUAUAACAGUGCCCAUUUUA